AGGGGCUCUUCGAGAAGUAUCCAGUCAAAACUUAGCUCUAAACAUGGUGCAGCACACAAUACGGUAAACGCAAGGAAAACCAAACCGCUAUUGUUUCGAUUCACGAAAACGAAAUUGCCGAAUUCACGAAAACGAAAUUGCCGAAUUCUUUUUGCCUAGAGAUCUUGGAACCUAUAAAUACCAUUACUGCCCUUGAAGUUGAAACGUCCCGAGCGCGAUUAAACAAUUCAAUUAGAUUCUGAUAGAGUUUCGUGCCUAAAUCACUCAAUCAGAGAGGUUUUAGGGCGGAAAUUUUCAAAAAUCAGAAGGAAAGGCCUCGUUCUUGCCAUAGAAGCUAGGGUUUUCGAUUCUCCGGUCGAGCUUUUCAGGGAAUUCGAGCCCCUCCAACAAUGGCGAAGGGGCGUUAUACUCGGUUGCACGGUAGGAAAUGGUCGACGUUCACGCUCGUCUUCUCGAUUCUGUUCAUGCUAUCGGUUGUCCUUCUGAUGCUUUUGGCUCUCGGAAUCGUCUCUCUUCCGGUGAGCUCCGACGAUUCUCCGCCUAACGAUCUGAGCUCAUUCAGGCGCAGGAUUGUCGAGAGAGGUGACGAACUGGGGAAGAGAGAAGAGCAGUGGACCGAGGUUCUCUCUUGGGAGCCAAGAGCUUUCAUAUAUCAUAAUGUUUUGUCCAAGGAAGAAUGUGAAUACUUAAUUAGUAUUGCUGAACCACAUAUGGUGAAAUCAACUGUUGUUGAUAGCAAGACAGGACGAAGCAAAGAUAGCAGAGUUCGUACUAGCUCUGGCAUGUUUCUCAAGAGAGGACGUGAUAAGAUAAUAAGGGAUAUUGAAAAAAGAAUAGCAGACUUUACUUUUAUUCCUGUAGAGCACGGUGAAGGACUUCAAAUUCUCCACUAUGAAGUUGGCCAAAAGUACGAUGAACAUUUCGAUUACUUCCUUGAUGAUUUCAACACAAAAAAUGGAGGCCAAAGGGUUGCCACUCUACUAAUGUAUCUGUCAGAUGUUGAAGAAGGCGGCGAGACAGUAUUUCCUUCUGCUAAGGGAAACUUCAGUUCAUUGCCAUAUUGGAAUGAACUAUCUGAAUGUGGGAAACAGGGUCUUGCGGUGAAGCCGAAAAUGGGUGAUGCAUUGCUGUUUUGGAGUAUGAGACCUGAUGCAACUUUAGAUCCAUCAAGUUUGCACGGGGGAUGCCCUGUGAUUAAAGGGAACAAGUGGUCUUCUACAAAAUGGAUGCAUCUUGGGGAGUACAAAGUAUAGGCGAUAAAGGAAAGGAUCGCAUUCAGAGGAGUCCUUUACGCAGAUCAUCGUGGAUAAGUCUUGACCUUUCAGAAAUUUCACCACCGAAAUCUUUACAAAUCAGAUGUCAAAAGUUUUACGCUUCUGUAAUUCUUUUACCUUUUGUCGAUAAUGAGUACAUUUUUGUAAA